AGUCAUCAGUCGUCAGUGUAAUUACUUGUUUUACAAAAGCUAGCACUUUUUGAAUCUCAAAAAACUCGCUGUUUAAACGUUUUCUCAAUAAUCUUAAAGAACGUAAUUUUUGUAUACUGUACGAAAAAUCAAAGGAAAAUAUAAGUUACUUAGUUAAUUAUACAAUGUGUAGUGAUAUUCAAAGUUGUAUUUUAAUUAAAUAGGAUUAAACUUGGGAAAGAAAAAGCUACAAAGUAUAAAUUAAUUAAGGUGAUGUGAUGGCGUCUCCGUCCAAUCAUAGAAUGAAGAGGCAAUCAUGGUAUAUUCGGCUUACGCACAAGAGAUUGCCUAUCACGAAAUGGCUGCCCGAAUAUAAUUCCCAGAAAGCCCUGGCCGACAUUAUUGCCGGUAUUACAGUGGGACUAACAGUAAUUCCACAGGCUCUAGCUUAUGCGACGCUGGCUGGAUUACCACCUCAGUAUGGCCUCUAUUCAUCGUUUGUGGGCUGUUUCAUGUAUAUUGUGUUUGGUUCUUGCAAGGAUAUAACCCUGGGACCAACUGCUUUACUUGCUCUGAUGACGUAUGAGCAGAUACAAGGUCGCAACUUCGAUUAUGCCGUCCUACUGUGCUUCCUUACUGGCAUUGUACAGCUCAUCAUGGGAUUAUUACAUCUAGGUGUUUUAAUAGAUUUCAUCUCAGUUCCCGUAACGGUUGGUUUCACAUCGGCGACUUCAGUAAUAAUAGCCGUAUCACAACUCAAGGGCUUGUUAGGUCUGCAGUUCAAGUCCAGAGGAUUCAUAGAUACAGUGAAGAAGGUGAUUGUGAAUAUUCCAAACGCGAAACUAGCCGACAGCCUUCUGGGGCUGACUUGUAUAGUCAUACUACUUUUAAUGAGGAAAAUCAAAGAUCUAGACUUGCCUCCUCAUAGAAGAGGCCUCAAAAGAGCUCUAUGGCUGUUCUCUACAUCGAGGAAUGCGAUAGUCGUCCUAGUCUGCUCGAUAAUGGCAUUUAUAUGGGAAAAGAAUUCAGAAUCACCAUUCAAACUGACUGGCACUGUUAAAGAAGGUCUACCGCCACUCAGUCUACCCCCAUUUGGCACAAUGGUGGAUGGGAAGAAUGUGACCAUGCUAGAGAUGUGUGCGGAUCUGGGCUCAUCCAUCGUUCUGGUUCCCAUCAUUGGAGUGCUGGGGAAUGUCGCUAUCGCUAAAGCUUUCGCAAGCGGUGAAUCGGUUGACGCGACGCAGGAGUUGAUAACACUCUCAUUCGCGAACAUUCUCGGAUCGUUCCUUAGUGCGAUGCCGAUCACUGGUUCAUUCUCCCGUAGCGCUGUCAACCAUGCCAGUGGAGUCGCUACCCAAUUUGGAAGUCUUUAUACAGGUAUAUUGGUGCUACUUGCUCUAAGUCUUCUUACUCCAUACUUCUAUUUCAUUCCGAAGGCGUCGCUGGCUGCCGUCAUUAUUUGCGCUGUGAUAUUUAUGAUUGAGUAUGAGGUGGUGAAACCAAUGUGGCGUUCGCGUCGUGCGGACUUGGUGCCCGCGUUUGCGACGUUCGCCCUUUGCCUUGUAGUGGGUGUGGAGUUGGGGAUCGUAGCUGGGGUUCUACUCAAUGUGUUACUUCUCCUUUACCCCAGUGCCAGGCCGCAGUUGGAUGCCGAAAUCGUUACGAAUCACUACGGCCUGAAUUACCUCCUAAUAACGGUCGGUAAUAGCCUCUAUUUCCCGGGCGUGGAAUACAUUCGUCAGUACGUAACGAGAGCUGCGAGCAAACAGUCGGGGAACGUGCCCGUUGUUAUCGACUGCAGAUAUGUAUUGGGGGCUGACUUCACAGCUGCCAAAGGGCUGUGUGCGUUAUCAAACUCGCUGUCUGCUCGUGGCCAGCCAUUGGUGCUUCUUUCGCCUCGAGCCAGUGUCGCCUCAGUGUUCAGUGGGGCGGGGUCUAGCGUGCUCGUAGUACUUAACGCUAACGAGCUAGAUGUUACACUACAAGAACUAACAGGGCAAAUGUCCCUCCCUGUAAUCCCAGAUGAGUCAAAACGUCCAUACACGUCAUUGAAGCAAGAUGAGUCACUAGAAGUCAUCGUAGCUGAAGAAAACGCUUCCCCAUUACUGACCACAGUGCAUAGAAAGAAAAUCAGUGAGGUAGAUGACACAUAGCCACAGUGCAUUUUAUAAAUUUUAGUAAUGUGUGUAGUUCAGUAGAGUUUUGUAGAGGAUUUUUUAUAGAUUUAUAAGUUGUGUAGUCAAAUCAGUGAGGGACAGUACAUCAGUCUAAAAAUAAGUUACCAUAGACAUUUGCACAAGAAUACUGUUAAAAAGAUUUACGUGCACAUUUUAAAAAAACUUUCCAGGUUAAACUAUUGUUAUACGAGCGUAUAACCUACUUUGAUUUUAUAGUUUUUUCAUAUCGAAUUAAUAAAAAAAUAUAUUUCUCUUUAUAUCUCUCUAUAUAUCUCUGAUGGAUAUGAAAACAUGAUACAAUAUUGCGGCCUUUUGCCCAUACACUUUUUCAUCAAUGAAGUUUAGGUAUUGCUGUCCGAUGAUUUGUUUAACUUUGUCAAAUUUUAUUUUAAUAAUUUGCAAUUAAUAGAUCUGAUUAAGUUUUGCAUAAUUUCUAGAAUUUAUAACGGUAAACCAAAAUAGUUCCUAGCACAUACAGUACCUAGUACCUUUUUUUCUAAGUCUAAUUAAUAAACGUGAUAUUUGUUACUAUGGUUACAAAUCUUGCAUCCGCGUGUUUAUAGCUGUAAUGGUCUUCUUCAUAAACGUAUUUGAUUACUUAAAAAUAUUUUGUCCAUAUUAUUACCGGAUACGUGAUAAAUAAAAAAAUAAUAAUUCGAUAUUUAGUAAGUUUUUCAGUAAGACUGAGACAUAUUCUAAUUCGUCUCGUUUAUCGACAUUCUCAAUACUUCGUGCAUAUAGUAAGUGGAAAUAUAACAAGAAAAAGUUAUAUAUAAAUGUUAAGGCGCCCUUAUUUAAAAAUCUUACAAAGAUUUUCGCCUUUUUUACUACAAACUGUCUUAAUAAGAUUUUAAAUAUUAAUAAUUGAGAAGCGUAUAAAUCACAAUUUUAUCAUUUAAUUGCUUAAAACUAUUCCUUAUGAUUAUACCGGGUGUUAUAUUAUUAGAAACUCGAAUAAAUAAAAUUCAUUUACCAAACCAAAGAUUGCAAACACUAAAUUUAGUAAGCUCUCUGUGUAUGUCCUUAAUCAUUUAAUCAAAUAGACAUUAACUUAUUUUGUGCAGGCAUGACUAUUGCUAGUCAAAUUUAUGUGACAAUUACUAGCUUUGAGCCGAAUUUCGAUAAUAUUUAAUUUAUACCAGUGGAUAUUUUUUUAUCUAAGCUUAACAUUUUUUAUAAUAUAUUUUAAUUUUACAUACUUAAUUGAAGGAAAUGGUUUCGCUGAGUGUUUUGACAUACAAGAAUCAGGCAAACUAGUGAUUUAAACGUUUAUACCUUUAAUUUUCGGAAUUUUAUCUAAUUAAUAAAAUCAUACAAUAAAACCUUAGUUAUUUGAUUUAUUUAUAAAACAUCUUAGAUUGAAAUCAUCGCCGCUAAUUUGUCCAAGCAAUCGUACGAAAGAAAUCAUAAUCAAAAAUACAUUUAUCAUUUAGAUAUUUAAUUUGAAUUUAAAUGCUAAACUUUUGUUUAUAUAUUUUCUAUACUAUAUAACUACCAGUUUGUAUUAAUUAUGUACUUAAUUUGUUCUCUCUUAUGUGUUUUGUGCAAUUGUAUUUUUAUCAUUAUAAAUAAAUAGAUAAGAAUGUUU